GUGACACUAAGUUGAAGACUGUACAGGGUGUCGUGACAAGGUAUUGCAGUGAUUAUGGCAUGAUUGAUGAUUUAAUCUACUUCUCCAACGAUGCUGUGACUGGCAAAGUGCUUCUGAAUGUUGGACAGGAAGUUACUGCAGUUGUGGAAGAAAAUAAAGUAUCGAAUGGACUGAAAGCAAUCAGAGUGGAAGCUAUCUCUGAUAAAUGGGAAGAUGACAGCAAAAACCAUGGCAGAGGGCUGUUGGACUCCAGUCCCCGCAUGUUGAUUGGCUGUGUGACUUCCCUGAUGGAGGGCGCUGGCUACAUCAGUCAGACCACAUACUUCUCUCUGAAGAGUGUGUGUGAAGGCUUCAGGCCCUGCAAGGGGGACUGGGUGGAGGCCGAGUACUGGAUCCAGCCCGGCACGUGGAAAAGCGAGGCCACCUCAGUGAAGCCACUGAGGUACAAGCGUGUAGACAAGGUCUCUGUCUCCAGCCUCUGCGGGAGGAAUGGGGUCCUGGCUGACAGCAUCUUCUUCACCUUGGACUCUCUGAAAGUGCCGGCCGGGUACACACCCCAGAGAGACGACGUCGUCAGCGCAGUAGUGGUGGAGAGCAACCAGGCGUGCUACAUCUGGAGAGCCCUGUGUAUGACCCCUGUGGAAAGGCGAGGCUCUGCUCCCGUUGUUGAGACUGAGGAAGAGUCCUAUGGAGCCUUUUUAUUGAAAAACAAAGGUGAUGUUGAAGUUACAAAGAUGACACAUUUUGGGACACUGAAGGAAGGAGGAAGUAAAAUGGUGGUGAUCUGGAUAGAGAAUAAAGGAAACAUUCCUCAAAACUUGGUCAGCUGUAAACUGGCUGGCUGGGAUAAAUCUAAACAAUUCAGAUUCCAGACGCUAGAUAAAGGCCAGAAGGAGAAGAACUUAUCAGAUGAAAAUAUUAACUCUUUAAAUAGCUACAGAAAAUGCAAAACCCAUCAGACAUCAGAGAGCAGUUUGGGGAACACCAAAGGAGCCUCUCCAGGUAAUUGUCCCUGCAAAGAAGAAGAUGGAGACAAAGAAAAUGCUCGAUCCAGGAAGCAGAUGGCAGAGCCUGAACCUGAGGGCCACAUCCCUCCAGGGGGAAAAACCUUUAUCGAGGUUGUAUGUGAUGCCAAAAAUUCUGGCCGCUGCAAGGAGCUCCUCUUGCUCUGCUUUUCUGAUUUCCUAAUUGGGCGAUUCCUUGAAGUAAAUGUUGUCAGUAGCGAGGAGUCUCUAAUAGCUGUCCGCGAACCGUUUUAUUGGAAAAAGCCUAAAACUUCCCAAGUGUUGGCACCCACAAAAACAACAGUUGUCGUGACCACACAGAAAAGGAACUCAAGACGACAACUUCCAAGUUUUCUUCCACAGUAUCCAAUACCAGAUAGACUUAGAAAAUGUGUCGAACAAAAAAUUGACAUCCUGACUUUCCAGCCGCUCCUUGCAGAGCUUCUGAACAUGUCAAAUUACAAGCAGAAGUUUUCGACUUUGCUGUGGCUUGAGGAGACUCAUGCAGAAGCGGAACUGAGAGAAUAUAACAUGAGUGGCGUCACCUUAAAAAGGAAUGGGAAUUUACUGGUUCUGGAGGUCCCAGGCUUGGCUGAGAGCAGACCCUCUCUGUAUGCAGGUGACAAGCUGAUUUUAAAAACCCAAGAGUGCAAUGGACAUGUCAUCGAAUACAUCAGCUAUGUGGUUGAGAUUCAUGAAGAAGAUGUAACUCUUAAGCUUAAUCCAGAAUUUGAACAAGCAUAUAACUUUGAACCUAUGGAUGUGGAAUUUGCAUAUAAUAGGACCACAAGCAGACGGUGCCACUUUGCACUUGAACAAGUCGACCACUUAGGUGCAAAAGUGCUGUUUCCAGAAGAAAUCAUUUUACAGUCUCCCCAAGUGACAGGAAAUUGGAAACAUGCAGAUGACACCAAAAAUGAUGGACAGUCCACCUCUAAGGUAAACAGGAAAAGCGUGAAGGACCAAACCAAACAUGGAAGUAUGGAGAAACCUGUUGGUGCCAAGGACCCCCUGGGGAUGGCGGCCUUUGCUGCAGAGACCAGUGUUCUGGUAGAUGGAGCCCAGACACCCACAGCAAGAGAGGAGUUUUUCAAUCCAGUGCUAAAUGAAAAUCAGAAGUUAGCAGUUAGAAGAAUUCUGAGUGGCGACUGCCGCCCCCUCCCGUAUAUUCUCUUUGGACCUCCUGGGACUGGAAAGACAGUGACAAUCAUAGAAGCUGUCUUACAGGUGCACUUUGCCCUGCCGGACAGUCGGAUUCUGGUCUGCACACCCUCCAACAGCGCCGCUGACCUCGUGUGUUUGCGGCUGCACCAGAGCAAGGUGCUGCGGGCAGCCGCCAUGGUCCGCGUGAACGCCACCUGCAGGUCUGAGGAGACCAUCGUUGAUGCCAUCAAGCCAUACUGCAGGGAUGGGGAAGACAUCUGGAAAGCCUCACGCUUCAGGAUCGCCAUUACGACAUGCAGCAGUGCUGGGCUCUUCUACCAGAUAGGAGUGAGAGUCGGACACUUCACACAUGUGUUUGUGGACGAGGCCGGGCAGGCGAGCGAGCCGGAGUGCCUCAUCCCUCUGGGGCUGGUCUCGGAUGCCAGCGGCCAGAUCAUUCUCGCUGGAGACCCCAUGCAGCUGGGCCCGGUCAUUAAGUCCAGACUUGCCAUGGCCUUCGGGCUGAAUGUGUCCAUGUUGGAGCGGUUGAUGGCUCGACCUGCCUACCUGAGGGACGAAGAUGCUUUCGGUGCUUGUGGCGCAUACAACCCCCUGCUGGUCACCAAGCUCUUGAAGAACUACAGGUCCCACGAGGCCCUGCUGGCGCUGUCCUCCCGGCUUUUCUAUCACGGGGAACUCGAAGUCUGUGCAGACCCCAGCGUGGUGAGCUCUUUGCUGGGCUGGGAGAAGUUGCCCAGGAAAGGCUUUCCUCUCAUCUUCCAUGGUGUGCGGGGCAGCGAGGUGCGGGAAGGAAGAAGCCCAUCAUGGUUCAACCCGGCUGAGGCUGUCCAGGUCUUGCGCUACUGCUGCCUCCUGGCCCAGAGCUCCUCCAGACAGGUGUCUUCCAGUGACAUUGGUGUCAUCACUCCCUACAGGAAGCAGGUGGAGAAAAUCAAACUUCUUUUGCGAAAUGUUGACCUGAUGGACAUAAAGGUCGGAUCGGUGGAGGAGUUUCAAGGGCAAGAGUAUUUGGUUAUCAUCAUUUCCACGGUGCGGUCAAAUGAAGACAGAUUCAAAGAUGAUCGAUACUUUUUGGGUUUCUUGUCCAACUCGAAGAGAUUUAAUGUUGCAAUCACCAGGCCCAAAGCUUUGCUGAUCGUGCUGGGAAACCCCCACGUUCUUGUCCAAGAUCCCUGCUUUGGUGCUCUGCUGGAAUACAGCAUCACGAAUGGGGUUUACACAGGCUGCAACCUCCCGCCCGAGCUGCAGCCACUGCAGAGGGGCGGGGACCACUGGUUGUCCGAACUGCUCCUGUCCACCCUGACCUCGGCACGCACUGGCCUGUUGCUGCCUCAGGAUGGCCACUGCUGCUGCCACCCCAGAAAUAAAUGCUCGAUCUUGAGCCAGCUGUGCGCUGGGCUCCAGGCAAGACCUCCAGCUCUGCUCAGUAGGGAGCCGUGGGCCCCUGUGCAGAAGCCCGUGGUGUCUGAGGCUCUGCCUGGGGUACUCAGGCCUGCCCUGGGCCCAGUGCUUUCGGGAGGGGCAGCUGCCUGGGAUCUGCUGCAGCCGCUGGCCUCACGCCCCACCACUCCUCGUCCUCUAGGCUUCACUCCCAGGAGAGAGGUUUGCUCUGUUUCCCUUGGAUGUGGCUUCUGCCUCGGGAGCAGAAGCCACCGUGGUCUGCAGAAGUGCCCGGUGGCAUCUCUCCACCGGUCUGUGGUGGCACGCAUUUGGAUCCAUGGCUCCUGGAAGCGUGGCGGGGGGGCGUUGCAGGCAAAUGGUCUCUGCGUGAAGCGUGGACAGCAGGUGGGCAGCCCUCCGCGUGAGCUGCUGCAUCUAGGAACCAAGGGCUUCUCCAGAAGGAGCUGCUGGGUGCUCGGAGCCCAGGCAGAGUCCCCAAGGCCGAAGUCAGCAGCAGCCCGUGCUCCUGGGCAGAAACACUUGCUUGCCUGGCAGGAGCCUGGCGUAACAAGGGAGCUCACAGCCUCUAAGCGCCCUCCUGCCCCCAGCAGGAGUGAUGGGCCGGUGGAGCCUGGGAGACAGCUGUCAGGCCCUAUGCACCAGCCCCGCGGCUCUGCAGGUGGCAAGUUCCCUCCAUACUAG